GCGGUCCCGUUGGAGCGUGGCUGGCCGGCUGGGCGUAUCGUGUCUUUGUGUAUGUGUUGUGCUGUCGGGCUGCUGUCAGCUCCGGCACGGCACGGCUCGGCUCAGCGUCACACAGACACAAACGUACGCAGGGAGAGGGAGGGGGGGCGGUGAGCUGCAUCAGCGCUGCCGCUGCGCACAAAACAAACAGGCGACUGCCGGCGCUUCGCCCCCGGUCCAGGUGGAUUUAUUGUGGCGUCUGCUGCAGCUGCAAGGUAGAGGAGCUGGUAGAGCCACUGCAACAGGAAGGUCAGGAGAGGAGGACUGAGUCAGCGGAGGGAGGGAGGGAGACCCCGUCCGAACACCGGGACCCCGCCCGGCCGCAGCCAGUCUGUCACCGCUGUCAUCCAGAGAUGCCAAGGGAGGGAGGGAGUUGAGGGACGACCCAUCUCGUAAAGAUUGAAUGAAAGAAAGACAGAGUAAAGGAAAAACACAGAAGGAGCAAGAGGCAAAGAAGGGGAGAAACAAAUCCAACAGAGGAGAGCAAAAGGAAGCAGGAGGAGGAGAAAAGGGAGAGUGGGAGAUGUGAGAACACACAAAGUCCUGAAAGCGACAGACAAGACUGAAAGUGAAAGAGAGGAAGCCACGCAGGAAAAAGAAUCUGGGAGCUUUGGAAAGGUAGGAGGGGAACGUGAGGAACUACUGGUUUAGGGAGGGAAGAAACAUCUGGAUGGUCUCCACAGUGACGGCCAGCAGGUCACCCCCCCUCCGAAGAUGGCCUCCAACUUCAACGACAUCGUCAAGCAGGGCUACGUACGCAUGCGCAGCCGCAAGCUGGGGAUCUAUCGGCGUUGCUGGCUUGUGUUCAAGAAGUCAUCCAGCAAAGGACCUCGUCGUCUGGAGAAAUACCCUGAUGAGAAGACUGCCUACAUCAGAGCCUUUCCUAAGGUGACAGAGAUCAGCAACGUCAAGAAUGUCACACGGUUGCCGCGAGAUACCAAGCGACAGGCAGUGGCCAUUGUGUUUGCAGACGACACCUCACGCACCUUCACCUGUGAAUCAGAGCUGGAGGCAGAGGACUGGUUUAAGACGCUGUCAAUCGAGUGUCUGGGCACACGGCUCAAUGACAUCAGUAUGGGAGAGCCUGAUCUCCUGGCUGCUGGAGUGCAGUGUGAACACACAGAGCGUUUCAACGUGUUCCUCCUCCCCUGUCCCAACCUGGACAUCUAUGGGGAGUGCAUGAUGCAGAUCACCCACGAGAACAUUUACCUGUGGGACAUUCACAACCCUCGCACCAAGCUGGUCACCUGGCCACUCUGCUCCCUGCGGCGCUACGGACGCGACGCCACCCGCUUCACCUUCGAAGCCGGACGGAUGUGUGACAGCGGCGAAGGCCUCUACACUUUCCAGACCAGAGAGGGAGAGCAGAUCUACCAGAGGGUUCACUCCUCUACGCUGGCUAUAGCAGAGCAGCACAAGAAGGUCCUGCUGGAGAUGGAAAAAAACAGCAGGUUGAUGUCUAUGGGUUCAGAGCCUGGCUCCUACCCCUGCACCCCCACCGCCAUCCUGCCUCGAUCCGCCUACUGGCACCACAUCACUGGAAACCAGACCGGCAUGGAUCCUGGCAGCGGUGAUGCUGCAGAAGACGAUCUGCUGUCCACUCGCCUGCCUCCUGACCGCCAUGCUACGCUGCCCCUGGCAAACACACACGCACAGUCCCAGCCGCACAUACACACACACUCCCCGACACACUACCCCACCUACCCUGGACAGUGACACACACAUACACACAGAAGAAUGCAUGCAGCACACACAAUUCACUGAAAGAAACACACACUCUUACUCCUUAUAUUAGUUUUACAGCCCAACGUUACACCUCACAGGAGAUGUUGUAGGCGGGACUUGCCAAACGACCAUCCUGAAUGCAGAAAGCAGGAAGUGAAAACUAAAUUCCACAAAAGACUGCAUGGAGAUUGGGCUUCCUUACAUGACCGCAGCAUGACUGCAGCUCCUACAGUUUCACAGGAGAUGUGGGAUAUUUGACAUUUUUCCACACUCAGGCUGAGAACCUCUGCCUGGAAGAUUGGCAUAUGUUGCCUGCUGAUUAAAGUAAGGACUGAAAGCUCUCAGUAGGCUUUAAACCACCUAGAUUGUAUUACAUGUUGUCCGAACAGGUCCAAAAGCAGAAGUGUUUCCACCUGUGCCACUCUCGAAGGCGGGGUGAAAAGCCUUAAGGAGCAAUUUUUUAGGGAUUCUUUUUACUGAAUUUAUACUAAAGGUUUUUAUUGAAAUUAUGAUUUAGAUAGUAAAUCUCUGGCAGUACGAGAUUCAGCUGAUAGCACAUGUUGCAACAUUGUGAAGUGAAAUGACACAGCAUUUGCUUUCGUUAACUAAUGCUGGUCACUCAUCACCAAGACACCUGCCCAGUUCUCCCCUGGUUCUGCUCGCACCACAACUCAGUUUCUCACUGCUGGCUGUGGUCCAUCGUAUGCAUAUGAAUAUGUAUUUUCAACCUCAUCAGUGUCAAAACUAGCACCGGGAUCCAUAUUUGUUAUUGUUAACAUCGGCCUAGCUUGGCUUAUUUCUCAGUUUUGAGGAAGACAUGAAAACUGAUGUCACUGUAGUGUAUAUUUACAGUAAACUGAUAACACUUUAUUUUAUGGGUCAAUUCAUUCCUAAUAAUUACCUAAUCAUUUUACCAGGACAUUUCAUGGAGAGAACUAUGUAAUUUGGUCCUAAUUAUAGCAGAAAUAUGAAUUUCCAAAGAAAUGCUCCAUUUAAAUCCAAAUAAAAAUUAAUUCCAUUAUUCAUUCAUUAUAUAUAUUUAUUAGAAACAUUGCUUUCCAUAUAUGUUGAAUAUUUGUCAGUUUUCAUGUGUGAAACCUAGUGCAACACCAUGAAUGCCUUUGAGGAGAAACUGUCCAAAAAUGUGUGUUGAUAUCACAUUUUUUACGUUUCGCUGCGUCAAGACUUCAAGGCGGGUCUUUCACUCCACCUUCGAAUGUGGCCAUUCGGAACAGGUAUAAACACUUUUGCGAUGUGUUUGAUGAUACACCGUAGAACUUAGUUCAUCUGAGGCAUAUUAAAGCCUUUACAAACAAACCUAUCUUGUUACCCAGCCACCUGUCUAGAUUUGGUAGUUUUUUAGUGAGGAAUCUGUGAAAUGCAAAAUUUUGGUCACAUUUCCAAUGUUUUUUAUAUGGUGUGUAUACUUUAGGACUAGCAAGUCCGGAUCUGAUGUUCUAGCUUGAGUUUCUUACCCCAAGGGUGUCACAAGUUCCAGAUGGCUGCCAUGGGAUUAACGUCAAUAAGGUCUAGUGUGUUAGACUGAAUACUGCGUGGGCUGGGACUGCAUGUUGCCUUAAUAGCACCACAUGGACUGUGCUUGGAAAUACACUGACACCUAGGAUUCCCAUGUGGAAAGUUCCCAGUGUACCAGUGCCAGCUGACACACUUGGAUGAAGAAUACUUGAUAAUUUCACUGUAUGUCCGCAUCUGGAUCAAUGCCUUUGAUUUCGCUGAUAACUGAUGUGAAAUGAAACUGUGAUCGGAUUCAUUUUAUGGAUUGGCUCCUGUACUAAACAGGAUAUUCACCCGUAGAGCUUCAGACUCUCUCUGGGAUGUGUGCUAUCUCACCUCCUAUACGUAUCCUUUAUUUAACCAGGUAAAAGUCUCACUGAGAUUAAAAUCUCUUUUUCAAGAGUGACCUGGCCAACAGAGCAGCAGAAACAUUGUUACAAUAAUAAACAAUAAUACAAACAGACAAAUACAACUGUCACACACUACACACGAGUGAACACAAUAUCCAGUUAAUAUGCAAUACAAGGUCAAGGACAAAAAUCCAUUUAUAAUGCAGAAACAGGUAGAAUUUCCUAAAACUAUUUUCAGUUAAAGUUUAGGAGGAAUUACAAUGACCAAGAGUACUAUUUUCUCGCUCUUUUAAAAUCGACUUGAAUUCCCCCUUAGUAAUCAGCUCUGACAAGUUCAGGUCCUUCUGCACAUUAUUCCAGGAAGUGGAGGCAGCGUAUUUAAAGGCUAGUAGCCACAUGCUUCUAUUGAGCUCUAUUUGCACAACCCUGUCAUUUUCUUAUUCAAGGGUUAGAACUGGAAGAGGAACUUCCAAUGUAGAGGUCAACAUAUAUGGAAUUUUGAAAGCCCAUACUGAUGAUACAUUUGCAUUGAACCUGCCAAUAACUGAUAUUCAGUGUCUUUACAUUUGGCCCCUUGAAUGCUAGAUAUUCAUUUCUCCCUAAGAGUGUAUUUCUGACAAGUAAACCCUAAAUACUGAAGUGGGAACCUCUCCACUGAACACAGGAGAAAAACAGGAAAACAUUGGCAAACACAGACUCUCUAAAGGGCCGAGGUGGAAAUAAAGCAGGGGCAUCUCUUCCUCUCACAGGGUCAGGGUUCAUUUCUGCCCUAACGUCACACCAGAGCGGCACUUGAACUAGAAGGCAUUAGGGCCAACUGAAGGGGCACAUGGGGGAACUUGGGCUGCCUACAGGGGCUCUCAAGGUGCAUCAAAUGUCUUACAUGUUAUGUGACAUCAGGUCAAAUGUGAAGCAUGGAAGUGUCCCGUGGGCCUCCAGACACAUCAUGGUUAAAUAAAGGUGUUUGUCCCCAAUGGUCACACUAGAGCAGCACUUGAGCAUAUCUGGGUCAAACUGAAGGGCACUUGGACCAACCAGAGGGGCACUUGGACCACUCAAGUACCCUAUUAUGUGACAACAGGGAAAAAGCAAACAAUGAGAGAGAAAUCCUGAUGUUAUAACAGUGUUGUAAUCAGCAGACAGGUCGCCUCACUUUGAGUGAGAUGGUAAGGGAUAGUUCUAGUUUAUUACAACUUAGAUCUCUUUUUCAGAGUUUUGUCCAUCAUUUCUAUCAGUAAUAAUACCAUUGUACUCACCGAGAUCUGGGAACACAACUACAUCGCUCGAAAGAAUGCUGACAGGGCAAGAAACACACCAAGUCAGAUGAUCAGACAGGCUUUAAACAAACCCCCAGGUUAGCCCAACUUAUUUGGAAGAGAAAAUGAAGAGGCACAGUAAAAUUAUUACCUAAACUGUUCCACUUCAACUUCUGCUACCUGACCUGAUCUUGUCUGGUCCCGACAGAGUAUCACGUUUCUCUCUCUGACUGUUCCAGUUGUCUGCUUCCAUUUGUGUCUUGUGUUUUAAGAAGAUACACAUUGCCCAGUGGGGAGAGCCUUAGAGACAGCCAAUGCGUGCCGAUCUAACAGUCAGCAAUGAAUGAAAUGUAGCAAAAAUGGAGUUUUGGGUCUUGGGUCGGAUUUGGGUCUCAAAUUGAUAGUACCAGUCGGGUUCAGCCGGGCCAGGUGUGAAAGAUGCAGGUAAGGGCUGGGUUCUGGUCUCAGUUUUAGGCCCAAGCAGAUCUCAACUAGUUGUGUGCACACAGAUUUCCUGUCGAAUCAGGAAUUUUUAGUAAAAAUUCAGAUGGCCUCGCUUUCGGUUUUACCUCCAAACAAUGUGGUUUAGAUCAUCUGGUUAAACCUGGCUUGUUAACAGCCUGUCUGAUCAUAAAUCCAAGUUGUUUUUGCUCCGUUGUCUCAGAUGUUCCGACAUCUCAUUAAUAAUUUUAGUGAGUACAAGGUUAAAAUUGUAAAAUGUUAAACAUUCCCAGUUAUUCCAGGUUUGAGAAUAAGACCCAAGUUGUAAGAAAGCAGAAUUACCCUUCAAUAAUGUCCUCAUUCACAUGGGUGUGUAGCAUUAUUAGCAUCUUCAAAGGUCAAAGUCUUCCCAGAAAGGCUGUCAAAGGUGAAAGACAGAAAAGAAGAUCCUGUUAUCUUUCAUCCAGACAGCUUGAUUUUGCUACAUACUGCCUUUGCCUUCUAUUACACUUUGUUUGACAAAGAACUAGCUAUUCAUUUUGUUGGGACUUUAGAGGUGAGGUAGUGGUGGGGGGCGGCGAUUAGCAUGCCAGGAAGGACUGGCUGCCAGAACAAGAACGGUUGGAUCAUGUUUUCCUGAACUCUGGGCUCGUAUGGGAGAUCAUCCUUUGAGUGCUGCCUUUUCAUUCUGUCAUAAGGGUUUUUAAGACUGUCGGUGUGAUGUCUGGGAACACCGACCACCUUGACACCAUUAUAAAAUGCCUCGUAUCUGGAUUGUGUCUAGAUCUGAUUAAGCUUGAUUAAUCCUGGAAUCCUUGUGCAACUUACAUUUCAUGGUUUAUGGUUUUUCUGUAACUUUAACCUGACAGGGCUACGCAUUUUGUUGGUUGUUUACAUGAUGGAAGUUGUGUAUUGUGUGUAGAUGUGUUUUGUGUACUUACAUUCUGUAUAACUUGAGUUUUCUGCCCUCUGGAGACAGUCUUGUACAUAUUGCUAUUUAUUUCAUAUGAAAUGUGUGUGUGUGUGUGUGAGAGAGAGAGAGAGAGAGAGAGAAAGCAUGACAUGAGGGUUUAUUGGAACAUGUGUUCAUUUAAAAUGCAGACAUCAUAUUUUUGUACCUUGUAAUGUUGAAUAAGAAGAUGAUACCAGGCCUGCGCAGCUCUUCACACAUAAAUCUGCACCUGAGUGAACAACAAGAUCACAUUUCCCAUCCUGUCUUCUGCACCGUCCCCUCUGACAGAGCUCACAAUCACAUGCUCUCUGUUCGUGCCUGCACCAUGCUGCUGAUUUUUGUAAAGAAACAGAGAGGCGUUUUAUAAAGAAGGCUCAGUCAAGCAGUCUUGAAGGAGCUGAACAAACUGAACCAAGAUUAAGCUAAUGACGUCAGGCGAAGUCAAGUCUGCUUUUAGAGCAGUUUGUUCAUGACUUUGAAACACAGACCUGAAACAUCAAGCACAGAUCACGUCAAUAAAGCAAACACACACGUAAAGACAAAACUGUGAUGUUCACAGCAACAGAGCAGCACAUUUAAACAGAUAAUAUUAGGAAGAAAAUAAUAAAGCGAAAAAACUAAACCGAAACGACUGCCAUUAACAAAGCAAAGGAGAACUUUCGGCAGCAUGUUCCACACCAGCUGUAGAUGAACUCAGAACCCAUGAACUCUUGUGUUAGCUCACUUUGUUACAGCGCUCUGCUUGUAAUCAUGCCAUCUUUUUUUCAGAUCCUGUUUGAGUCAUUUGAAUUUGAAAAUGUUUGCACAAAAUGAAACAUGACAAUAAUUAACUUUGAUGUAUCAAAUAGGGCCCAAAAUUAGAUAAUUUGCAGUUUCUAAGAACAAAGUUCAGUUGAAUUAUGCUACUUGGUUUGUACAAGUGACAUAAUAGCCUUUGUAUGAUGAAAGUAAUGUUUAAAUACCUUCAGGCUGGUUGUCUGCCUCUCUAGUAUUUUGAUUGUAGUAUUUCUGGGUGUCUGUUUCAUUUCUUUCAUUUACAUGAGACCAAAUGGUCUGUCUCAUGUAAAUGAGACCUAGGCUACUUGGUCUACUAGGCUACUUUCACACAGCUGUGGGCCAAACGUACCUUUCAUUUCAUUGAAUUACUCGAAUAGCCUGAAGCAAAACAAGACCAGAGUCUAAGAGCACAGUUGUGCUUUGAGCUAACUGCUAAUGCCAGUAGGCUAUCAAGCAUGACAUUGUUAACCUGUUGAUGUUUAGCAGGUAUUGAUUUCCAUUUUCACCGUGUUAGUUUAGCAUGUUAGCAUGCUAACAUUUGCUAAUUAGCACUAAACACAAAGUACAGCUGAGGCUGAUGGGAAUGGCAUUCAUUUUGCAGGUAUUUGGUCAGAAACCAAAGUGUUGGACAAAUAGAAAUUUUGACAUGAUGAUGGAUCACCAACGUUAAAACAAUAUGAACAUGAAUGUCUCUCCCAGAUUUCAGUGUAAUCUCUCCAAUAGUUGUUAAGACAUUUCACUCUGAACUGCAAAUGUCAACCUGCUGGUGGUUAGUUAGUAGGAUUCAUCAUCUGGAAACUACGAAUGUUGGUACCAGAUUUUGUUCCAAUCCAUCCAGUAGAUUCUGAGCUAUUUCACUAAAUAAGUGGAAAUUUGACCUGCUGGUGGCGCUAGAUUCAUCAUCAGGAGACCGUGAAUGUCUGUACAAAAUGUCAUGAAAUCCAACCAAUAUUUGUUGAGAUAUUUCAGUCUGGACCAAAGUGGUGGACUGACCAAACCUAUUUUAUGAGACAGAAUUUUUUGUCUGGCUUUACUGGUAAUAUUUUUUUUAUAAAACACCCCUCUGAGUGUGCUUAAGUGCAAAAUGGAAGAGGUGAUUGAGGGAAAUGGCUGCAGAAAAGGAUGGAAAAUGACAGCGCUAACAGUUUUCCUCCAGCAUGGUUUGAAAGCACCAGGCAGUUAUAGUGUCUGUUUGUGAUUGUAGUGUUAUCACAAUGAGUGCAUCAGCUCUCACCAGUGGCUAUCACCUCCCCUUGGCUUUGUAACUGAUGACAAAAUGUUGUUUUCACCCAUUUACACUGUCUACACCAAGUGCAUGUUUAGAAAAAUAAAGGCCAUUACUUACUCAACAGUGUAGCUCUCCAAUGUGAUGCCAAUCCUUUGAAUGUGAGUUUUGUUAAUGCUUUGCCUUUUCCUUUUCUAAAACUAUUCAUGUAAAGUAUUGGACAUAAAGCUGAAACAUGA